CAUGUCAAUUUUUAUCAUUCCAUUCCAUCCCUAUAUUUUGUAAUACUUUAUAUCUACGCAAUAGAAAUAAUUGUUUUCUUCAUUAAAAAAUUAUGUGUAAUUUAUAGGAUUUUGUUCAGUAUUUAUUAUUAUUAAAAAUGGCGUUAGUUGUUAGACCUUUUUACAGGAAUUGUUAUUAUGUACAUAACAUAACCAAACCGGCAAGAUGGAGCACAACUAAAAUCUAUCCUCUAAGAAUUGUAGCUAGCGGGAUUUGUUAUCAGAAAAUCAUUCAUAGGCCUUUACUCGAAGUUAAACAACCAGAUUCAUUGAUGGGAUCACUUACAUUGCGUACAAUGCAAAAUAGUAGUGAUGUCAACAAACCACAAAAAGACCAUCAAAAAUCUAAACCAGGUCUCUUCCAAAGGUUCAAAGAUAUGUACAGAGAUUACUGGUAUGUUCUAGUACCUGUUCAUAUGGUGACAUCAGCAGUUUGGUUUGGUGGCUUUUACUAUGCAGUUAGGAGUGGUGUAGAUGUCUUGGCAAUAUUGGAAUCUUUAGGUGUAAGUGAGAAAUUGAUGGCACCUUUAAGAGACUCAAGUGCAGGAUAUUUUGCUUUAGCAUUUGCUCUCUACAAAGUAGCAACGCCACUGCGCUAUGCUGUCACUGUUGGCGGAACAACUGUUGCCAUUAAAAAAUUUACACAAAUAGGUUGGAUUAAACCUGUACCCUCGAGAGAGCGUAUUAAAGAAUUGCUACAGGAAAAAAAGGACACCCUUCAAGAUAGGUUUAAUGAAAGCAAACAACAUUAUCAAGUGCAAAUGAAAGAGAAAAGCACUCAAGUGAUGGACGAAAUGCGACGGUAUAAGACCGAAAUUCGAAACAUGAAAAACAAGGUGAAAAAAAUGUAAAAAUAUUUAUAUUUGUUUAUUUAAUGUUGUCUCAUGGUUUAACUAUGGAAUUAUUAUUUAUAUAAUUUAAUUUUUAAGGGUUAUUUAUAAUGAAAAAAAAAACAUUAACUAGAUAUUUUAAUAAAUGUUUUAAAUAAAAUGGAUGUUAACUUC